AUGCCUGAAGACGAUGGCGAUGACGAGUAUGUUUUCGAAGGAUUGUAUGAAAACGGCAGCUGGGAGUGGGAUGAACGAACACAAGCGCUGCUUUUUAUAUGUGAUCGUCCCUCUAAGCCUAAAGUAAUAAUACCAAUACAAGCAAAAACCCCUACUGGCACUGUAAAGUUUCAAGACGAUGUCGAUUUAAUUGAACAGGACAUAAAAGACUUGGUAUUGUUCACGGCUCCUGUCUGCAUUCUUAGCCGUAAUCUUAUACGCAUGCUGCACUUGCCGACUAUAGACAGGUUCCUUAGAGCACUCAUCUUUUGCUGCGCUUACUAUUUACAGAUAACUGACGAAAUGUCGGUACGAAUUUCGCAACUUUCAUCAAAACUGAGAACGUCGAAUUGUGAUCGCAUCGAAAACGAGUUCCAGGACAAUUUAGCUGAUCUGAGGUUGUUAGUCGCUAAGGAAUAUUGCAUAAUACUGAUUGGUGGAGCUGACACUAAGAAAUACCAUCACCUGGGCUAUAGCAAAAUGCAGAAGUCUUUAUCAGACAGCGAUGCAAGAUUGUUUGAAUCAUUUGUGCGCAUAAGUAUACAAAUAGUAUGGAUAGCUCUUGGUCGAAAAAAAUUUCAUCUAAUAGAAUUGGAAACUCAUCGUAUAUUAAAGACGGAUCUAUUUAAUCCUGUGAAGCAUCGCUUGAAGUCAGAAUAUAUGCACGAAAUGCCGGCGGCAGAACGGGCGACGCUGCUUGGACGUUGUGUUCGUCGGGACAGGAAGCCGAAAAUGCGAUCACCGCUGAUGAAUGACGUGUUUUGCCAUAGACCUAUUGAUUAUCGUUUAUUGGGACUCGGAGUUGUCAAUUACCCACAGUUGUCUAUGCGGCUGAAGUAUUUUCGUAUGGUCGUGGCUGGUACAGAAGAAACUUUAGAGGCAUCAGGUUAUACAUUGGGUAUCAUUGGUCUACCACGAUCACAUUUCGAUACGAUGCUGCGUCCUCUCCCGCCUCCUUGUGAUCUUAAGUCAAAAAGCUCUAUGGAAAAAUCAUCAAAUGACUUCUUCCGCCCAAGGCCGGGCGGGAGGGAGUGUCAGACUCUUACUGGCUAAAAACCCCCCUGUUCCUUCUCAUGCUCUGGGCCGAGGUCGCGGUGCCUCAUUGCGCUUACCCCGCAACCCCGCUAAACAUCAGCCCUAUAGGGCCCCGUCUGUGGUGGUCUAUUUGGCUCGUUGAGGAGCGCGCGGAACGCUACGCGCCGUACGCUCGGGUCUGGUUCUGGUCGGGCGGCGUGCUACCCUUACUCGCCGGC